UACACUUUUACACGCGCACAGGAAAAACGUCGUCUUCAGACACACACAUGCGUCGUCGCCGGCUCUGCGACGACCGGCGAGCCUAUAUAAUGGGCAGCGCGCCCUCUGAGUCACGGCCAGGACUCCCGACGACAUCCACCAGCAACCACCGCUCCUGAUCGCAGCUCCGUCGAGAGACCAACCGAGAAUCCAAAAAGAGUUCCCAAGCUACCAUGGCGAGCCACCCAUUCGCCACCGCCUCAGCCAGGGCGACCCCGACCUCGACCUCCAGGCCGUCGUGCGCGGCUCCCAGCACCGGCAAGCUCACCUGCCUCUGCUCGCCGACCAACCACCCGGGCUCCUUCCGCUGCACUCGCCACCGCAACCCACGGGGGCGACCGCAGACGUCGUCGCCGUCGUCGUCCGGCCGCGCGUCGCAGCAGCCUGCUGCACCGGGAGCCAGCGCGACGGUGCGCGUCGAGGGGAUCAUCAGGAGCGGCGGCGUCGGCGCUGGCCCCGUUGGCAGGACCACCAAGGGCCGGUCCGUCCUGCGCGCGCACCUGCUGCGGCUGGUGAGCGCGCCGUCCUCUGCCGGCCGGGACCACCGCCGCUGCCGCGACUUCAAGCCCCGACCGUCCAGGCUGGGCCGACUCGCGGUGACCGCGUGACCCGGUUGGUUGCUCUGCUUCGCGGCUCGUACUGGCGAGCUCACUAGUAGUGGCGGACGAUGCUAAAAAAAAAGAAAAAAACUAGUAGUGGCGGACGGUGCGCUUCUAUUUCGCGCGCACCAACGCAUGGAUCCAUCGUGGCUAGCACGUACUACCCUGGAGAAUGGAACUCUUUUUAGUGCUGUGAUGAACAACUCUGGAAUGAAAUGGAGCAGUUUGUGUGA